AUAUAAGCUCUACAAUUCAGCAAUAUGAAUACCAGGGCGCUGAUUCUCUUCAUGUCUGCAAUGGUCAGUCAGUCUACAGCUAUGAGAGCAAUACUCACUGACAUGGACACACCAGAGCCUAUGCCAGACCCCAAACCGCGUUUUCUGUCAAUGGAGCGAAGGCAGUUUGAGGAGCCCAGCGCUUCUGACGACGCAAGUCUUUGCUUUUUCAUCCAGGAAAAAGACGAAACGAGUCAAAUAUCCUGCAAACAUCGACUAGCACGCAGUAAAUUCAACUACAAUCCGUUUGGGCUGCGAUUCGGAAAGAGAAACGAAGCGACAACCAGCGACUCUGACAGACUCAAACACAAGCACCUGCUGCCAAUGAUGCUUUACCUGAGAAAGCAAUUAGAAACGUCGUGAAAUUCAAGUUUUCGUCAGAAGGAUGCGAUUUUCUUGGUUGAAAACUUGGGGUAAUUACGAUUCAGGCACACUUUGCCGGUUAUUAUGCUUUUAUGGAAUUAGAAAGCGCACUUUGUUUUAUUGAGUUAUUGUAGCCUAUUUGUGCAAUAAACGUUUUAUAUUGUU